CUGCUAUUGAGUGCCGUCUCGGUUUAUGGAAUUAACCAAAUAGUCCAGAGAUGGUCUGGACCUCCGCUGGAAAAAGAACCGGUUGACCUGCUUCAUCGAACAUAUUAGGCCGUAGUAUCUUCCAGUGUCCAUGUACUGUUCUGAUGAAGAAUUAUAACAUUUCUGUCUUAAAGCAGGGAUAGAAAACUAACUUAUCUCUUUGCCAUAAGCCGUUGGGAACGCGCUGUGCUCGCUGUGUCGUAUCAGCCCCCCAGGUGUUCCUGUAUCAUAGUCAUUUUACAAAUAUCUCUCUUUAUUCAGACCUAUCCCCAUGUCUGCUUUAUUAUAAUCAACCGGCAAACCGUAAAAUCGGCGAGCAGACCGCUGUGUUGUUAGCUUCAGAGCUAACAGUGACCGAGUCAGUAUUCGGGGGCUAAAAAUAUCGCUCACUGCGCCACCGAAGCUGCUCGGCUUCGGUCCACGUUUGACUCCCGUCUUCGGCUUUCUUUUUCUGGUGACCUUGCUCGGAGUUUGACGCUCUACAUGGUCACCACAGCGGGUUCAGGACAAGAGGAAGAGCGAGUCGGACCCCGAGGCUGUGAGCCGAGCUGGCCUGAUCUGACGUGCUGGGCUUCAGGUCUCCCGGCGGACCACACUCGGCUACGGCUGAUCGGUAGCCGGGUGACAUUUUGCUGUGAUGGGCUUAUAUUGUCAUUAGUGGUGAUAUAACGAGCCCCGGUUUUGCCCAGGGAGACCGAAACUUCACGAAGGGUUCAGAGAAAGCGACUUAUUUCCAACUUUCGUAGACUUCCAGGAGCUGCGCACCAUGACGGAGGACAACAAUGCAGAAAAGUUCAUUAAGGAGGCGUCCAUCUUGGAUGAAUACAUCAUAAACUGGACACAGAAGCUGGGAGCUGGAAUCAGCGGACCUGUCAGGGUGUGUGUGAAGAAGUCGAGUCAGGAACGCCUGGCCCUGAAAAUCCUCAUCGAUCGCCCCAAGGCCAGAAAUGAGGUGCGUCUUCACAUGAUGUGUGCCAACCACCCGAACAUCGUGCAAAUUCUGGAGGUGUACGCCAACACCGUCCAGUUCCCUCAUGAGUCCAGUCCAAGAGCAAGACUCCUGAUUGUUAUGGAGAUGAUGGAGGGUGGCGAGCUCUUCCACAGAAUCAGCCAGCACAAGCACUUUACUGAAAAGAUGGCCAGUCAGGUCACCAAACAGAUCAGCCAAGCAUUGGCUCAUUGUCACUCCCUGAAUAUUGCACAUCGUGACCUAAAGCCAGAGAACCUGCUCUUCAAAGAUAACUCUCUGGACGCACCUGUGAAGUUGUGUGACUUUGGCUUUGCCAAAAUCGAUCAAGGAGACUUGACGACCCCUCAGUUUACUCCUUACUACGUAGCACCUCAGGUACUUGAGGCUCAAAGAAGACACCAGAAGGAAAAGUCUGGAAUUAUACCUACCUCACCAACUCCUUACACAUAUAACAAGAGCUGUGACUUGUGGUCGCUGGGUGUGAUCAUCUACAUAAUGCUGUGCGGCUAUCCUCCGUUCUACUCAAAGCACCACAGCCGCACCAUCCCAAAGGACAUGAGGAAGAAGAUUAUGACGGGCAGCUUUGAUUUCCCAGAAGACGAGUGGAGCCAGAUCUCUGAGAUGGCCAAGGACAUUGUACGCAAGCUACUGAAGGUGAAGCCAGAGGAGAGGCUGACUAUCGAGGGAGUCCUGGCUCACCCCUGGCUGAACUGCACCGAGGCGCUGGACAACGUCUUGCCGUCUGCACAGAUGAUGAUGGACAAGGCCGUGGUCGCAGGAAUCCAGCAGGCCCACGCCGAGCAGCUCGCCAACAUGAGGAUUCAGGACCUGAACGUCAGUCUGAAGCCUCUGAACUCUGUCAACAACCCAAUCCUCAGGAAGCGGAAACUGCUGGGCCCCAAACCCACAGAUAGUUUCUUCAUCCAUGACCCAGAGAAUGGAGGGGAAGACUCAAACGUAGCGCUGGAAAAACUGAGAGAUGUCAUAGCACAGUGCAUACUCCCACAGGCCGGAGAAAACGAGGAUGAGAAGCUGAAUGAGGUGAUGCACGAAGCCUGGAGGUUCAACAGAGACUGCAAGCUGCUGAGAGACGGCCUGCAGGGUCUCAGCUGGGAUGGGCGAUCUUUUUCCGAUAAAGUUGACCGCUUGAAGUUGGCUGAAAUAGUGAAACAGGCCAUUGAAGAAAAGACAAAUCUUCAAGAUUCUCAUUAGCCAACGCUGACUUUCUUUUUUUUUUAUUUUGUUGUUUUUUGAAACUCUUUUUAAUCCAUAUCUGUAAAGACUGUUUUAUGUCAAAUGAUGUGCAGUUUUUGUUUUUAUUGCCUCCAUAAUUUCAUUUGUAAAAAACCUAUUGUUGACCUAUACUGGAAGAGCUUCUGUACAGCUGUAAAUAUAUUUCAAAGGAUUUGUUGGUACUAUCAUUUCUUUUUAAACAAAUGGACAAUUUCAAAGAAUGUGGAAAAAAAUUAUAUUUUCAUUUUUACUAAAAAAAAAAAAAAGAUAAAAGAAAUCUGUGAAAGAAAUUAUUUUUUGGGAGGGAAUUUUUAUUAGCUGCUCGUCGAAGAUGUCUUGUUUUAUCCCAAUUAUUUCUUUCUCUGCUUUAAUUAUACGCAUUGUAAGAGUUUUAUUUAUUUAAACUGAAAAUUCCAAGAUUUUAUAUCUUUCUUGUAGCUCGAUAGUGGCGCUAAAGUUUAGAGAAGCUGUUCAUGACGUGACCUUUGUUCUUCCACUCUGCCUGCAGGUAUAUAAACAUAACAGCCGUCGUUUAAUUUGUUUGUUUUUUUUUAUCAAACCUUUUGGACAUUUUUAAUAUGUUGGACAUGCAGAAAUGAGGAAUUGAAACAAACGAAAGUGUCAGUGCAGAAACCUGCGCCUUCAACUCAUUUAAAACAUCAGCCGACUAAAAUGAGAGUUUAAGAAAAACUUCCUUAUAUUGCAAUUAGUCGCAAAUAGUUUUUUGUUUGUUUGUUGAUGAAAUCUAAGCCACAUGAGACCAAAGGUUUGCCUUUUGUUGUAAAUCAGUAACUCUGCUAACAGAAAUGCUCAUGUGUUGCAUCACACAAAAGUGAGAAACUCGGACAUGUUGAGCUCUGCCUUCAUGGGAUAAGAAAGUGAUUUUUACAACUGACCAUUCAGAGCCUUUUUUAAAAAAAAUUCAAACCUUAAAGUUGCCUCAGCCUUUUGGAAAACACCACUGAAUACUCGACGCUUCUGAAGAGAAAUGAUUUCACCUGCAGUGGAUCUGAAAGUUAUUCACUUCCUGUUAAAACGCCGGCUUCUGUGAUGUAGAAAAUGAGACCAAGACGACCUUUAACCUUAUGUUUAACGUGGACAAGUUAGCUGCUUAAAAACAAACGAGUAAUAACAAAGCAACGAUGACGUGUAUGUUUCAUUUGUUAAUAAUUUAGAAAAAGUUAUCAAAGCAUUUUUGUCAAGACACCGAUCUGCAGGAAAGUCGGCAGAUUCUGGACUCCUGCUCAAAUAAGACAACUAUCCGAGAUCCAGCUAAAGAAAAACAAGCCCACAUGUUCAACUGUAGUGUCUCGUGUCAGCUGGAAGGUUUGAACAAGUUUGACAAUCAAAAUUUUAGCAACACCUUCACAAUUUCUCCAGAAGAAAAAAAAGUAUCUGCGACUCUCCUUCUUGGAGAUUAAAUGGAUACAAGAAAUUGUUGAAUCAGAAAAUCCUAAAACUCCCGCAUGUUUUUUCAUCUCUGACUGAUACUUUUGCACAGAUAACUAAUUGUGAUCAUCGUCUUACAUCCCGCAAUCAAUGUCUUUGGAAAAGAAAGAAAAUGUCAGCUAACUUCGCCGCUCAGUUCCUCCAGACUAGUGGCAGCAGCAUUUAGCAAACACCUUGUGGGACUGUGAGUCUGCUGAGCUUAUCAUUCAAACUACAUCUCAGUCGAACAUUCCUGUGAACCCCUGUAAACGGCAUAACGGAGGAACGUCAGAAAAAACAGGCGCUUCUUAAAGAGACAGAGGCCCAAUUUCAAGGUGUCAAAUUGCAAAGUCAGUUAUUUUUUUAUUUAUACUACUGAAGGUAACAUAGUUACUUGAUUGUGCUAUAAAAUGGACCUAUGUGCCUGGAAAAUUAAUAAUACAGCCGUGUUAAGGUAGUGCACACUUAUGCAACCCCAGUUAUUGUAACUUUAAGGUUUUUAAAAUUUUCCCCAUGUUUCUGUCCAGCAGAUUUGUUUUCAAGUUCAAUUGUACAAGAUUAUUCUCACACUAAAGGUGGAAUGUAUAUUAAAAUCUAUCAUGGUCUCAUCUUUUCAUGACAAUUUUUAUUUUUAUUUUUUUAACAAAAGUGCAUACACUUUCUGAACUCCAUUGCUAGAUUUUAUGCUUGAGUCUGAAAUGUCCUCAAUGCAUUUCUUUUUCUUCAUUUUUGAUCUGUGAAACUGAACAACUCAAACUGCUUGGAUGCAAAUCGGCAUCUGCUGGAACUCAUAUCCGCGCGGUUCGUGUCUCGACUUUCGUUCCCUGCAAAAGCGGUUGUCACUUGAAGAAAAUAAUUUCUUGAAACACAGUAGGGAAGUCUGGGUUUUGGUUUCAGAACUUGACGCUUUAGACCAUGUGCAAUAAGGCAAUCGUUUGUUCUGUGUUUGGAUCACCUGGAUGUUCACAAUGAGAUCUGUCAGUAUUACUCUCCCUCUGCGCUUCAUUUCAUUUAUCUUUGUGUAACCUUUCUUUUCUGUUAUUUUCACCUUUUAAGUUCUAAUAAACAUGUUAUUGACUGGGCUGAAUUAAAUCCUUAUACUUUU